AUGGCAUCAGACCUCAAACUCAUCAACAUUUUGUUGGGAAUUUCGACUCACGGUGGAAAAUACAGUUGUCCCUGGUGUGACGGGGAAGCUGUUCUGAAAUCUGGUAAUCUCAGAAGUUUUGGAGACAUAGAUAACUGUUUCCGUCAGUAUGCUGAUGCAGGCUUUCCUGAGAAACAAAUGAUGAAUUUUAAGAAUGUUGUGAAGCCUUGUCUUAUAAAGGUAGAUGAUCCCAAGAAGCUAGUCAUAAGCGUAAUACCUUUACCAGAACUUCAUCUUCUUAUGGGUUUGGUAAACCACAUUUGUAAUUAUAUUAUACCACUCUGGGCAGGUUUAAAAAAAUGGGUUAAUAGUCUUGGUGUUAUACGAAAAGGUUAUCAUGGAGGUACAUAUGAUGGUAAUGUUUUAAGGGCAAUAUUAAAAAAUGUAGACAGUCUUGCAUUAGUAAUUCCGAUAGAGCUGUUCCCUUUAAUUGAUACAUUAAGGAAGUUUGACAGAGUUGUGACUGGUACAUUUAGUGAACCACUAGAUCCACAAUAUCACAAGCUUAUCCAAGACUUUACAGAUAGUUUUGAACAUUCUCAAACAUACUGUUCAGAAGUAAUUAUGAUAUAA